CGACAGACACCGCUUCCUCGUUUGUAGAAAUUGAAACCUUGCACUCUGUGAACACCAGUUAGUUGGGUAUGCUGCUAUUUCACGGGUAUAUAUUUUUAUACAAUAUAUUGUCGCUUUUAAGUCCGUUGAUGUUAGGUAGCUGCUCUCUACUCCGUUUUACACAUUUUAUUAACUAAUUAAUCGUUAACAUGGCAUGCGGCGUGUCGUGUUGAAAGGGCUGCUGCGGGCCAAGGUGCUUUGAUGCCCAGUAAACUAACAUGGACCUGUCCGAGACCAUAGCGCACAUGAACGGAAGACAGAGGAAGCCCGCGGUUGGGACCAUGGACAUGAGCGUCCAGGGAGUCGACCCACCGGAUGCGGGAGUGGCGGACGAGGAGGGGGCUCUCUUGCGAGUGUCGGACAGCGAGGACAUGCGGCUGAGAGCGCGGGUCGAUGUGCGUGGUGAACUGGGCAGCGUGUCGCUGCUGCUCUUCCUCUACAUCCUGCAGGGCGUCCCCCUGGGCCUCGCCGGCAGCAUCCCUUUGAUCAUGCAGAGUAAGAACGUCAGCUACAAAGAUCAGGCCUACUUCAGCUUCGUCUUCUGGCCCUUCAGCCUGAAGCUGCUCUGGGCGCCGCUGGUGGACUCGCUGUACGUGCGGCGCUUCGGCCGCAGGAAGUCAUGGCUCGUGCCCACCCAGUACCUGCUGGGGCUCUUCAUGCUGGGGCUCUCCUUUACCGCGGACUCCCUGCUGCGGACCGACGGGCAGAAGGGGCCUGACGUGGUCACCCUCACCGCCGUCUUCUUCCUUCUGGCAUUCCUGGCCGCCACACAGGACAUUGCGGUGGACGGCUGGGCGCUGACCAUGCUGUCCCGAGGGAACGUGGGGUAUGCCUCCACGUGUAACUCUGUGGGCCAGACGGCCGGUUACUUCCUGGGGAAUGUGCUGUUCCUGUCCCUGGAGUCGGCUGACUUCUGCAAUAAGUACCUGAGGUUUGAGCCUCAGGAGCAGGGUAUCGUCACACUGUCAGACUUCCUGUUUUUCUGGGGGAUCAUAUUCAUGGUGUCUACCACCUUGGUGGCCUUCAUAAAGAAGGAGAAUGGUGCACCGCAUCGCUCCAAGAGGAGACCAAAAGAGGAGACUCAGGGCGUCAUGGAGACCUACCGGCUCCUGUUCCAAAUCAUCAAGAUGCCCACCGUUUUCACCUUCUGCUGCCUGCUCCUCACAUCAAAGAUUGGGUUCUCUGCAGCUGACGCGGUGACGGGGUUGAAGCUGGUGGAGGCGGGCGUGCCCAAGGCGGAGCUGGCGCUGCUGGCCGUGCCCAUGGUCCCGCUGCAGAUUCUCUUGCCACUGGUGAUCAGCAAGUACACAGCGGGACCGCGGCCGCUCGACGUCUUCUACAAGGCCUUCCCUUUCAGGUUGCUGAUUGGUCUGGAGUAUGCACUACUGGUGUGGUGGACUCCCAGUGUUGGGCACAAGGAAGGCUUCCCUGUGUAUUAUUACGCUGUGGUGUUGCUCAGCUAUGCUGUGCAUCAGGUGGCAGUGUACAGCAUGUAUGUGGCUUGCAUGGCUUUCCAUGCUAAGGUGAGUGACCCUGUGAUAGGGGGCACUUACAUGACGCUCCUCAACACGGUGACUAAUCUUGGUGGGAACUGGCCCUCCACCCUGGCCUUGUGGCUGGUCGACCCCCUCACCCAAAAACAGUGCCAGGGAGCGCCGGGCCAGAUCUGCAGCUCAGCCGAGGAAGCAGGGUUGUGUGUCAAAGAAGGCGGCGUGUGUGUGACUGCUCUGGACGGUUACUACGUGGAGUCGUUGGUGUGUGUGCUGAUAGGCCUGUGCUGGUGGAUCUUCUUCGGGAAGAAGAUGAAACGGUUGCAGGAGGAGAGCCCGUCAUCUUGGCACUGCCGCAGCUGCAAAUAACAAGAACACCAGAGGGUGACAUUGGCCCAGUGUCUUGGACCCCUUAAAGGAAUCAUUUAAACACUAAUGUUGCUAACAGUAUGUGAGAACCCAUUGGGGACCGUUUAGCAUAAUCUCAUCUGCAUUCCUCUAAAACGACCUAAUGCGUUUCACUUCUUAUUAGCGUUAGCGUUUUUCAAUGAUCUCUCCCACACACUUCUCUUUCUCCUUUGUGGACACACAAAGCCUUGCCUUGCUUUUACUCGAGUCCUCAUUCUUGUAAUGGCUUUUUUUCAGACUUCAGUCAAGCUAUUGCUGGACUGAAGACCCUGAAAAAAGAUGAAUGUUUAACCUUUUGGGGGUUUAAACAGUGCGAUUUUCUGUACUGCUAAGUCCAUAGGCUGACUGCUCUCCUGCUGUUUCUCCGAGUUUAAAAUGGGGUCAAAAAGCUGUACUGUAAUGCAUAUUGUAAGCCAUACCUGAAUGUAGGUAUUUACUGCUUCUAAGGUUCAGCAUUGUACUUGGUCGUCUCUGUUCUGUUAUGCCAAAUAUUAUUUAAUCAGGCUUUUUUUAAAUUUUACUUGAGUUCCUCAUCCUUUGUGGAGUUGUUCCCCCCCCCCCCCAAAUGAAGAGCGCCAGUAAUUAUUGAUUCAGAAUGGUUACCUCUGCAAGACUGUCAACUUGUAGCUCAGCAUAAUUUGUCUUAAUUUGAUGCAUUUUUUUCUUUGAAUUGAAGGAAAAAAAAACCCAAAACUUUUUUUUUUUUUAAAAAGAUAGUACAUUAAUUUUGUAUUCACAUUACAUACUGCUCUAUCCUUUCUUGCUGCUAAAAAUGUGAUUAUUUUGAUGUCCAUUUGUGAAUUUACAUGAAGGAUUUGACCCACAUCAAACAUCCUACUUCAAGUAGUUUUCAUAUGUAAUGCUUAUUUUUCUUAGAGUAGCAGGAGUCGUGAAUAAUCAUAACUUAUCCGGCUUAGCCGAAAUGAGAAGGUGGUGUGCUCGAUACACCUGCAGCCACACCCGGCCUGUGGUGUAAAGCUUCUUCAAAAUAAUGCUUCCCUGAAAACACCCCUGCAGAUAAAUCCACAUUAAAGCUGACGGAGGCCCAUAGCCUUAUUCAAGUAACAUUAUGUGAAGUGGCUCACAUUCAAGAAUGUGUUCAUUUAUAGUGUUUAGGGUGAUGAGCUGAGAGGGUGUGUACUCGCACCUUCUGUUCUCAUAGUAUCAGACUAGCAUAGCAUAUCUGUGUGUGUGACUGAAUUCCCCAUACCUGCUACCACUGAUGUCGUUAAGGAAAGAAACAUCUGUGUUUUCUGUCAGUGUCCAAUGAAUCAUGGUCAGUAUGGUUCCCCCCCUAUUUAUAUGACCUGUUUUAGUGAUGGUGUUCAGUGUGUGAACUUUUACAUUAUCUGAUAUUAUAGUAAGUCACCAGCAUUUGGAAGAGUAAACACAGGGUAAUUGUAUCUCACCUGUUAACUGGUUAAGUUAAUCACUUGAUUUAUGUUUAGGAUCCUUUUGAAAUGUUUUUCUUCAUGUUAAUGCUUUUUUUUUUUUGGUGGCAUUAAAGGAUAUUUGGAAUAUUUUCCAAGGUA